CAGUAUAUACUGGAGGGACUAGUGUGUUUUUCAUUCCUGAUAGUGGUGGUGUGCAGAUGUGCAGCUCCUUAGUUUACCUUUUAAAGGUUCUCUCUCUCUCUCUCUCUCUCUCUCUCUCUCUCUCUCUCUCUCUCUCUCUCUCUCUCUCUCUCUCUAGUUCAUUAUCUCAUCGAGGAACAGUGUUUGGUAUGACAUAUUCAGAGUAAUCUCACUGGACUGUGUCUGUUUGCAAAACCCUAGUGGUGCUUUGAUCAUUCUGAGGGGAUAGAGAUGUGACAUUAGAUUGAGGCAAGGAGAGAAAGAAUUAUAGUUUAAUUUUAAAGAUGAAUACUAAGCUUUUUUUUUAUUGCGUUGACAUUUAUAAAGUAUCUCUCAGUAAGAGAUUCCGGCCUGUCAGCUUUUUUUUGUUCCUGUCUGUCUCUUGCUUUCACUGUUUUGUGAAAAGAGCCACAAAAAGGAAGGAAGGAGCGAGAGAGUGUCACAGAACGACAGAGAGAAAAAGAAAAAAGAAGGGAGGGACGGAGGGUAAGACAUACACGAGCCUGUCAGCAAGAGUGUCGCUUGUUUUCAGAAGGAGCUGAGAACAAAGUGAAGGUGAAAAUGGUUCGGUGGUUCCACAGGGAUAUCUCUGGCUUGGAUGCUGAGUCUGUUUUGAAGAGCCGGGGCGUCCAUGGCAGCUUCCUGGCCCGACCCAGCAGGAAGAACCAGGGAGACUUCUCUCUCUCUGUCAGGGUGGGUGAGCUGGUGACCCACAUCCGUAUCCAAAACACAGGGGACUUCUACGACCUGUAUGGAGGGGAGAAGUUUGCCACGCUGUCCGAGCUGGUGGAGUACUACACUGCAGAGAACGGGAUCCUGCAGGACAAAGACGGCACCAUCAUCGAGCUUAAAUACCCCUUCAACUGCUCUGACCCCACCACCGAGAGGUGGUAUCACGGACACCUGUCAGGCCCCAACGCAGAGAAGUUGCUAUGGGAACGGGACGAGCCGGGCACCUUCCUGGUGCGGGAGUCUCUGUCCAAACCUGGAGACUUUGUUCUGUCUGUUCUGACUGAGGAGAAGAGCAAAGCAUCCAGCGGAGGGAGGAGGGUCUCACACAUCAAGAUCAUGUGCCAGAAUGACCGGUACACGGUGGGAGGCACAGAGAUGUUUGACACCCUGGCUGACCUGAUGGAGCACUACAAACGCAAAGGCAUCGAGGAGAUGUCUGGAACCUGGGUGCACCUCAAACAGCCCUACUUCUCCACCAGAGUGAAUGCAGCAGACAUUGACAGCAGAGUGAGGCUGCUGGACCAGACGGCUGAGAGAGAGAACGAGGGAGACAAGAAGAGCAAAGCAGGAUUCUGGGAGGAGUUUGAUGCCCUUCAAAAGCAGGAGACAAAGGUGAAGAAGAGCAGAGAAGAAGGGAUGAGACCAGAAAACAAAAGCAAAAACCGAUAUAAGAACAUCCUUCCCUUUGAUGAGACCAGGGUCAUUCUGUCAUCUGGAGACCCCGAUAUCAUUGGCUCAGAUUACAUCAAUGGCAACUAUGUGACAAAUAAGCUGCAGGAGUCCGGUGACCCGAAGGUAUACAUUGCCUGUCAGGGCUGCCUUGCAACAACUGUCAAUGAUUUCUGGCAGAUGGUGUGGCAAGAGAGGACAAGUGUCAUCGUCAUGACAACCAGGGAGGUCGAGAAGGGACGGAAUAAAUGCGUGCCAUACUGGCCAGAAAUGCAGGGCUCCAAAGAGGUGGGGCCGUAUGUGGUCACUUGUGUCUCUGAGAGAGAUGCCACUGACUACAAGAUCAGGGUUAUGGAGAUCUCCCCUCUGGAUCAGUCGGAUUCGGUCCGUACUAUCUGGCACUACCAGUACCUGAGCUGGCCCGACCAUGGAGUUCCCGAGGAGCCAGGAGGGGUGCUCAGCUUCCUCACUCAGGUCAACUCAAAACAGGCCGAGUUCGCCAACGCCGGGCCAAUGAUCAUCCACUGCAGUGCUGGAAUAGGCCGAACUGGCACCAUUGUGGUGAUCGACAUGAUCAUCGAGACCAUCGACACUAAAGGUCUGGACUGUGACAUAGACAUCCAGAAGAGCAUCCAGAUGGUGCGAGACCAGCGGUCAGGCAUGGUGCAGACUGAGGCCCAGUACAAGUUCAUCUACCUGGCCGUCUCUGAGUACAUAGAGGCAUCCAAGACCUACAACAAGGGAGCUGAAACAGAGUAUGGAAAUCUGCAGUUCAAACACCAGCCUGCCAGCCGCAAGGUCUCCAAAAACAAGGAGCAGGAAUUGUAUGGAAACCUAGCCAAAGGAAAGAAAGAUGUGAAGAAGCAGAAGUCAGAGGAGAAGAAGAGUGGCUCCGUGAGAAAAAGAUAGAGGAUGAGAGAGCUGUGUCCUGAUGAUUUAAUAUUGAGUUUGAUAUUAACUUUUUAUUUUAAAAGAUUUAUUUGUGUGUUUUUUGAUAUCAAGCGAUAAAGUUGAUGUCUGUGAUAUAAUUAAGAUUAUAAAGCAAAGUACUGAUAGAUUUGGGCCCUGGGCCGGGAACCAUGGAACCAUUCUGCACCCAUGCAAAUUGUAAUGUAUUGACAUUUUUGCUGACAAUAAAGGCUCAGAGUAAUAUGCA